AUGACGUCUCAGAAAGAUACGACAGAUCACUACAGAGUCCUCGAGCUUCCGCGCGACUGCACGCAGAAAGAGAUAAGUGCUUCUUAUAGGAGGUUGGCUCUCCUGCAUCAUCCUGAUAAGACAAGCGGCGACAAAUCGGUCGCCAAUCAUUUUCAGCAGAUUCAGGAAGCGGGUGAAGUUCUUCGUGAUCCAGAAUGCCGCCGUCUCUAUGACAAGACAUUGGACCUGCAGUCGACCUCAAUUUUACAUGGCUACCGUAAACGAUACGAGCCAUAUGAUAUCCGGCGAAAUACGAAUAAAAGUGAGGCUCCCGAGCAGAAAAGUGAUACACCUUGGAAUUCUAAGCCCCCGCCGGAAGAUUACAUGUACACAUGGGGAUCGUCAGUCCACAUGAACCUGGACUCCGACUGGGCACAGGCAGAGAUAGCUCGGCGCGCGAAGGAGAUGGACGAAUGGGAGAGGGUUUAUGCAGGGAUCGAUCCCGAGGUCCAGAAGGCAGAAAAUGAGUAUCUUAAAAAGUUUGACGAAGGUCAAGUAUCAUCAGAAGGAGAAGCGAUGAUAGACGACGGUGCAGGUGAAUGCGGCGGCCUAAGACCGAGCUCGCGGAAACAAACCGAAGAGGCCAAUGAAGAUGGGCGGGAACUUAGCCAUAUUGAUCCUGAAGUGCAAAGGUCUAUUGAAAGGCUUUAUGCGUAUGGUUUGAAAGGUGGAGUGCCUUCAGAUGAUGAAGACUCAUCUGGAGAUACAGGCGAUCUUGGGUGGGGAAAACAUGACGAGGGAGAUGAUCUUAGGUACACGCGAUACAAAGACUACCUCUAUGACGCCGAAAGUGAGGCAGGCUCAGAGUAUCACUCAGCGACAAGCAAUGUUGGCCCCCUCAUUGACCUGAGUGAUGACGAUAACGCGAAGGAUUACAAAGCUAGACCCGACAUCUCCAAGGAGAACAAAGCCGAGCCUACCGAAAUUUCCAAGCCUGCCACCGACAAUGAAGAUUCUUCCAAGGGUACUGACUUGGCCGAUACCAUUGCAAUCGAUGAGCAGAAUGAAGACUCGGUACCUGGCACCAUUGGCUGCUUUAUAGGCCUCAGUGAUGAUAGGCAGGACUAUGAAGCAAACCCCCUAUCCUCUAAGAGGCACGAAGCCGAGCCUGCCGAGUAUUUCAAGUUUGUCACCAUCAAAGAUGAACCCCCUAACCCUAAGUGUACCGAAAUGGUCAAUGUUACUGCAGCCGAUGAGCAGGGUGCAGGCUCCACAACUGGCAGCAUUGGCUGUUUCAUAGAUCUCAGUGACGAUGAACAGGACGUCCAAGCUAUUGAUAAAAAAAAAAAGCCGAUGUCUUGGGGUGAAUGA